AUGUCUACUUCAUACACCAACACCAAGUAUACGUGCGGACAUGUUGUGGAAAAAGAAGCAGCAACCCGACAAGCAAGCGAGGAGCCUUCGCAAGAGCUCAAGAGGUCAUUGACACGCGCUUUGACUGGGAAAGUCAAGAAAGGAUUGAAGCGUGCUCUCACCCUAGGAGCUGCCAAACCCAACAUGCGCUAUUCCAGAUUGAAGUGCCCAGCUUGUGCCCGCGAGGUCACUGCUACCUUCAAAUCGGACAAAUACGUAGGAUGGGUGGACGAACUCCCAGAUCCAAGCCCAGACAGCUCCCAACCCGAGGAACCCGAUUUCGAAGCUCGCCACAACGAUGAGAUCCUCAGACAAGAAAUCCUCUCGCAAGAACAACUCGCACCUUUGGAGACCACCAGUGACUGGCGUCGUGAACAAGCUCGUCUUCUCCUCAGGGCUGUCCACCAAGAAACCCAGCGUCGCGAAGCUACCCAACAGGAUCAAAAUCGAGCGAACACACUCGCUACUCUCGAAGGACGUCCUAGCAUCCAACACCGCCCCACCCUGCCCCUCGGGGGGAACUGGGAUCCCAAGGAGGAGGAUUCGCGAUCCCAAUUCGAAGAGCUCGACCUCUUCGGCUACGUUUCUUCCGACCCCGAGACCGAGUGA